AAUUCCAAUAGAACCACUAUUGGACCUUGAUAGUAGAUCUGCAGGCAUGCUCUCAGCGGGCUCCGAAUCCGAUACUCAAAUGCUGAUAUAAUCAUUUAGACGGGUAUUUUAGCAGACUGCAAAACGAAUGCGCGUUUUAGCUUCUGGGAUCGGACGGUAUUAGGCGGUGCAACUAUGCAAGGAGGAUCAACUGGCAUCGGUUAUGGUCUCAAAUACCAGGCUAGAUGCAUUGCAGACGUCAAAGCCGACACCGAUCACACUAGUUUCAUUACUGGCACUCUCAGUCUCAAAGAAGAAAAUGAGGUGCAUUUGAUUAGGCUUUCAUCAGGAGGAACUGAACUCGUAUGCGAGGGUUUGUUUUCGCACCCGGACGAGAUAUGGGACCUCGCUUCUUGCCCAUUUGAUCAGCGCAUCUUCUCCACCGUCUUCUCUUCGGGUGAAUCGUAUGGAGCAGCAAUAUGGCAGAUCCCUGAGCUAUAUGGCCAGUUAAAUUCUCCUCAGUUGGAACGUAUUGGCUCUCUGGAUGCUCAUAAUUCUAAGAUUAAAUGUACACUCUGGUGGCCAUCUGGAAGGCAUGACAAGUUGAUCAGUAUUGAUGAGCAGAACCUCUUUUUGUGGAGCUUAGAUUCUGCAAGAAAGACUGCACAGGUACAAUCACAGGAGUCAUCUGGCAUGCUUCAUUACCUAUCUGGUGGAGCAUGGGAUCCACAUGAUUUGAAUGCUGUUGCAGCAACAUGUGAAUCGUCAAUCCAAUUUUGGGAUCUGCGGACAAUGAAGAAAACAAAUUCAAUUGAGCACGCUCAUGUCCGUAACGUAGAUUAUGACACCAAGAAGAAGUAUAUACUCGUAACUGCAGAGGAUGAAUCUGGGAUACACAUAUGGGAUCUUAGAAUGCUUAAGGUUCCUACUGUGGAGCUCCCUGGACAUGCACACUGGACAUGGGCUGUUAGAUGUAAUCCUGAAUAUGAAGGGCUGAUCUUGAGUGCUGGGACAGACUCUGCUGUCAACUUGUGGUUGGCUUCUCCUCCUAGCACUGAUGAUUUGACUUCUGAAAGCAGCUUGGUUGAGUCACCUACUAAGCGGGUGGAUCCAUUGCUUAAUUCAUACAGUGACUAUGAAGACAGUGUUUAUGGCCUUGCUUGGAGCUCCCGGGAGCCUUGGACUUUUGCAUCAUUGUCCUACGAUGGAAGGGUGGUUGUAGAAUCAAUAAAGCCACAUCUACGUAAAAGAUGAAGUCAAACCGCGCAUAUUUUAAUAUUACUCCACAUCUAUGACCUUGAUAUCCACAGAAAUCUAAUGCUUUCAGUGUUGUGGACCACCUGCUAUGCCGACAAGAGGUUUUUGGUUGGAGUUGGAGACUUGUUGCAAGGCAUUAUAUUUGCCUAAUCUGGUAUGAUGUUUCUUCCCUAUAUGAAGGUUCUUAUCUUCGUGUGGCAGUUUUCUAUGUGUUUCGAUAUGUCGUUGUGGCCUUUGAAAUUAUAGGGUAGUUGAAUUGAUUAUACAUAGGUGUGGCUCGUGGACAUUGAAAUUGUUUUGUCGUUUAAGCGUUACAUGUAUUUAUAUAGUAAUUGAGAGGGAAAAAGGGUAAAGGAGGCCUGGCCCCCGGGGAAGCCAUUCUGUUUGGUGAACGAGUGCCGUUUAACUUUGUAUAAUUGUCAAGUUCUUCCGACUGAAAAUUGCUAGAGGGAAGCCAUUCUUUUUAACAUUUUUACCCAUUUUCUUGAUGAUCAUGAUUUCUGAAAUGAAAAUUUUUAUUGACCUGCCAAUAUAUAUAUAUAUAUAUAUAUAUAUAUAUAUAUAUAUUUGGAGAUUGAAUUAUUCAGACUUUCUUUUUUAAUUUUUGGGUAAAUUGCACUGACACCUCUAAAGUUUUGGUCAAUGCUUCUCAGUGGACGGUCAAUGGCUUUUUUUGCAUUGACACCCCUGAGGUUUCAAAAAAUGUACAUUGACACUCUCUAGAUCUCUGAAAUCAUAUGAAAUUACUUUUUAAUCCUUUGACUUGUCAACAGCUUCAUUUAAAUCAUGAAAUAACAAAUUUAACCUACUAACUAAAUUUAAUGGACCAAAUUAACUUCUUUCAUCUCUUUUAUAUAUAUAGAUAUAGUUUAUAUAUAAUAAUACGUAUACCACCAUAAUCACCUCAACAACAUAAAAAAAAAAAAUAAUUAAUUUUUUUAAAUAGUCGAUAAUUGUACAUAACUAUAACCACAGCCACAACCGCUACAUCCAAACAUCACCAGAACCACCACCACCACACCCAAACACUACCACUACCAGAACCAUUACCACUAUGCCCAAACACUACCAGAAUCAUUGCCACUACACCCAAACAUCACAGUAGAAAAAAAUAAAAAUAAAAAUAAAAACUAGUCAACUAUACUUGUCCCAAACGCCACCAGAAUAAUACAGCACCACCACCGCAAUAGAAAAAAUAAAAA